UUUUCAGUGGAGGGGGUGAAACCACUGUCAGAUAGUAAGGUUCCUGAGCAAGUUCAGCACAUGGACAAGCUGAAGGAAACACGACAGUGACUACGAAGGGACAGAUGGCUACCCAUCAACCCACGCAUGCAUUUAUUCAGUAUCUACGCUGAACGUCGUCAACAGUCCAGUGGUACCUUUGUUGUCUAAAUACAAAAGCUACAGGCACGCUACGGUUCGCGUGCAUUAACUGCAUAUCCCACGUGACAUAGGACGCCGCGUUGACAGCGAAAGCAGAUUAUUGCAGCUGAACCCGCAGAACAAACGGUGCAAUCAGAGAGCGCCGCGGCAGGUCACGUGAGCAGUCAGGUGACUUGUUGCUGACACCGGCGACAUGGGCUGCCGCUACAGCGUUGCGGGGUCAGUGCGCUGGGUACCUUCUGCGGGACGACGGGCGGGCGAUGCCGCUGACAGACCACCGCAAGGCGCGUAUGAAGUGGUGAUCUGGGCAGCGGCGCUUAUUUAACGGCUCCGCCCGCGGACGUGUCCUGCGCGCUGGAUGGUGAGCGGAGUGGUCGAGCCACACGCACACAGACGCGGAGCCGAGCAGGUCGGUGGAGCAGCGCAGAGCGGGAGAGCAGUUGCCGUUCGUGGGUGUGCUGACAUUGCGUUCGGAUCCGUUCUCCCGUCGUGGUAACGCAGCAGUCAGCGAGUCGCGUCACUUUCGUUCUGCCGAGCCGUGCCGUGGGCCGCUCGCUGCUUCGCAGGGCUCCCUCAUCCAGCUGUUCUCUUCGCGCACCGAGACAGGAUGAAGCCGAGCGCCCACGGGCUCCUUCCCCCUCCCCGUGUCCUGCUCCUGUUCCUGCUGCUGUUCUCUCCGCUGGCCGCGGCUCACCCUCUCCACCAGAGCGGCUCUUCGCUCCGCUUCGUGGACGUGCUGUCCGCGUCCCGGGCGGACUUCGGCUGGAGGAACGUCACGUGCUGGGUGUGCAAGGCCGCGUUCGCGGCGCUGGACGUGGCGCUUAUGAGUGAAGCAAAUGAUGAGCGAGUGGCUCAGGUUGCCGGCGAGGCCUGCGUGCGACUUCGGCUCGCUGACGAGCGUGUGUGUCGCCAGAUCACAGAGUUGUUCCGCGAUGAUGUCAUCCACGCCCUACAGCAGUCAGUGCUGUGGCCUUCCGAGGCCUGCGCGCUGUUGGUGGGUUCUGACUGCGGUCACUUUGACAUAUACGCCCCUUGGAAUGUCUCACUGCCUCCUGUGCCUAAACCCCCUGUGGUGCCGCCAUCCCCACCCCGGGACGGCUCCCCUCGAAGCCGGGUCCUGUUCCUUACAGAUGUGCAUUGGGAUCAAGCAUAUGCAGAGGGCAGCCCUGCUGACUGCAAAGACCCGCUCUGCUGCCGGAAGGACUCGUAUAAUGUGGUUAGUUCUCACCGUCGCACUGCUGGCCACUGGGGCACCUACGGUAAAUGCGACCUACCUCUUCGUACUAUGGAGAACUUGCUGGAAAAUGCUGCUCAAAAUGGGCCUUGGGACUGGGUCUACUGGACUGGGGACAUCCCUGCCCAUAACGUGUGGGCCCAGACACGCAGUGAGCAGCUGGAGGAGCUCAAAGUGGUGUCACGGCUCAUCCGCAAAUACCUAGGCUCAAACGUGACAGUGUACCCAGCUGUGGGGAACCACGAGAGUACCCCAGUGAACAGCUUCCCCCCACCAUUUGUCCGUGGAAACAGCUCCUCCAGCUGGCUCUAUGACACCAUGGCUGAGGAGUGGGCCCCAUGGCUGCCACAAGAGGCACUGCAAACCAUACGGCAGGCUGGGUUCUACACAGUACGGGUGCAGCCUGGCCUCAGGGUGGUCUCUCUCAACAUGAACUUCUGUGCCAGGGAGAAUUUCUGGCUGAUGAUUAACUCCACUGACCCUGCAGACCAACUCCAGUGGCUCAUAGGUAUCCUUCAGGAGGCUGAGAACAAAGGGGAAAAGGUACACAUUAUUGGCCACAUCCCACCAGGACUGUGUCUGAAGAGCUGGAGCUGGAACUAUUACCGCAUCAUCAAUAGAUAUGAAAGCACAAUCAUGGGUCAGUUUUUUGGCCACACUCAUGUAGAUGAGUUCCAAAUGUUUUAUGACGAGGAGACAUUGACCCGUCCAUUGGGUGUAGCCUUCAUCGCCCCUAGUGCCACCACCUACAUCAACCUCAAUCCAGGGUACCGUGUGUACUAUAUUGAUGGAAACUACUCAAACAGUUCUCGUUUGGUUCUGGACCAUGAGACGUACAUUCUCAACCUGACCGAGGCCAACAACCACAGCCAUGCCCCUUCCCUCUCUGGUGCUGGCCCUGUUCCUAAUCCCAAGUGGACCCUGCUCUACCGAGCUUCUGAGGCAUAUGGGCUAAAGACUCUCUUUCCAGCAGAUUGGGACAAACUAAUUGGGAUUUUCUUAGCCAAUGACCAGGUUUUCCAGAAGUUCUGGUACUUGUAUCACAAAGGCCACAUCUCUGAGCCAUGUAAGGAUGCUUGCAAGUCGUCCACGGUGUGCUUCCUACGCAGCGGGCGGUAUGAUGACCCUGAACAGUGCAAGGAUCUGGGCUUGGGCCGCAGGGAAAUGGCAAAGGCCAUCAGGAGGAAGACUGUGUGCUGAGACAGCUCAGCUCAGGCCUGUCCAGCUCACAUGGUGGUGUGGUUUGACGAGGCAAAGGCUCACACUGAUGUUCUUGAAAAGAUCCUCAAUCCAAACGGGGAGCCUGCAGUACAUUUUUGUCAGAUAGCGUAUUUAUUUUUAAAAAAUUAAUUCUUUACUCUGUAGACUUCUCAAAAGAAUGUUAAUUUUGAAUUUU